AUGGCAAAAGUUGGCAAGGUGCAGCCGCAGUCCGAUUGUCGACAUCAUAGGGUCACCCCAUAUCCAUUACCUUCUCAUUCUUCGAAGGUUUUGAAAGAUGUCCCUCAGAAGAAGAAACGUUUAAAGGCACCAGAGAUAAAACAGUGGGACGAUGCAACUUGCUUGGUUUGUAUGGAGUACCCUCACAAUGCUGUCCUCCUCCUCUGCUCCCCUUACGACAAGGAUUGUCAACCCAGAUUGCAGAACCAUGGCUUGGGUGAAAGGUUGGACAAUAAUGGAACCAGCACGCAAAGAACUGAGGAAGCACGUAAAGGCAGAGCACCCAUGUGCGUGUCCACGGGAAGUGGACCCUACACACUUGUAGAGAAAUGGAAAAGGCUUGAGCACGAGAGAGAACGAGAGGAUGUGAUGAGCACAAUUAGAUCGCCUAUGGCGGGGGCAAUUGUUAUGGGAGAUUAUGUAAUGGAGAGGAACUAUCGUGGCGGCUUUUCUGGAGACUACGAUGUGGAUGAUGCUAUUUUCAGGUUGGAAUCAUUUGGUGGAGGUGGGAAUGGUCAUCAUGUCAACAGCUCACAUGGGUUGUUUGAGAGUGAUCAUCAGUACUCAUGGGAUGAGGAAGAAGAUAUUGAUUUGAAUCAUGAUGCCAAUGUAUCGGCUUCUGGUAAUUUUGAUGACAAUUUCAUCUCUCGCUUUACGCGCUAUCGGAGCAGACUCUUGUCGGGGAGGUUGAAGCGGUGA